AUGGCAUCUCUACCAGGGACUCCCUUACCUCCGGCAAGUCAGCCGCAUGACGGAGUCCCGCUUGAACUAGAGGCGGGAGAGGUGCUUACAAAAGGAGACAGGGGCAAUACACAGUCCUCGUCCACACUCGCGGCAACAAAGGUUGGGGAGCUGCAGUACAGGCUUUCUGGGCGAUCAAUUGAACUUCCAGUCGAAUUAUGGUGGAAGAUAAUCGACUUCUUAGCCGGCGACAUCUGGAACACACGGGAUGGUGGAACACAGAUGCGAAAGCUUGCGAGAGUAAAUCGAGCGUGGUACACACGGUGCCGCGUUUGUGCCGAGGAGAGGCUGGACAUCAUGGGAAGAGACAAGAAAGGCGUGCAUCGGCUGAUCUGCAGACUAGACAAGCACUUAGGGCGAUAUAGCGCCAUCAAAAGAAUGCGAUUCGAGAACAAGAAGAUCAAUACGUUUGGGUCGUUUGCUGUCCGUAUGGCAGGGAAGCUGACCAACGUGGAGACACUCGUCCUCAACAUUGGUGAGUGGGAGCCUGGGCAGCUACACCCGCGCAUCUUCCUGUAUGUAAGGGCCGCGUUCGAGUCGGUGACCGCGCUCCACCUCGCCUGGGUCUCUUUCCCUUCUGCAGUGGUGUUUGGGCGACUGCUCUGUGCCCUUCCGCGUCUCGCCUCGCUCACAUGUAGCCGUGUGAAGUGCAAGAGAAGCUUUGUGCAACCCCCAGUGCCACGCCCUUUGCGAGUUUCUACCAUCGAUCUGUUAGACAGCCCUGACGUCGUUGACUUCCUCGUUGAGACUGGGGCUGGCGCCUCUCAUCACCACGUCACCAUCAGUGGACUCACUGGCCGACGACAGGGUUCGAGGGUGGUCGCUGUCGCUGCCCAGUCGCUCUCCUCGUUUCACCUCCACACAAGCUGGUAUCGUGCCCUGGAUUUUGAUGACUUGAGCCUUCUUCCCGAUCUCACGCCAGCUCAAAACCUGUGUGUGCUGUCGGUUCACAUCUCCCCCUCUUCCUUUAUCGUGCAAUGGCUAAAACCUGCCCUGCUUCGCACCCCUCUACCAAACCUACGAGAGCUUGGGAUUACUGUCGACCUCAGUCGUGACUCUCAGCGAAGGAGCAAUUUCGAUGAUUUUGAUGAUAACUCCUACAUAUACGCUGAUAGGCCCGCGUAG